AUGGCGGCGAUGCUGGACGAGGAGGGACAGGAGAAGGCGCCCCCGCCCAAGCCGCUAGGGGCUACGGUACUCGGCUCGCUCGGCACGCUCGGCGCACAUCGCACCGUGGCGGCACGUGCGGCAGGCAGCCAGGGCGGCAUGGUGCGGUUGGCGCCGGACGCGUGCGUGCUGAGAUCCUCCUCGCAGUCGCUGCCCGCCAGGGGACGUUCGCCGAUCCGUCCAACCUGCGACGGCGUGAAGGUCGACAUCCUCAAAGCUCGCGCGCAUCCAUCGGUCCGUGGCCGCAUCGGCCAGCAUCACUUCCAUGCUGGGUGGCCGCCGUGGGAUGUCUCCAUGAUCCUCCUUCGUGCGGCGCCGCGGGUGCCCAUGGGCGCCCCGAAGUCUCCCCGAGGCUGCGCUGCUUCGGCCCCUGCGGGAGCUUGCAACGCCGCGGGCGGGACCGAGCCCGAGAGGGCACCAGCCCCGAAGUGCCUGCAGGGCACAGCCUACCGCAAUGUACCCUCGCGCUGGCGAUGCAGUUGCUGCGGGGGCAUCAUCGCUGGAGCCCACCUCGCCAGCAUCCCCAGCGCUCCGCAGGGCCGCCUGCCUGCAGGCAGGCGCGAGGGGCUCGGCUCGGUGGGCGCUGUCUCCGCCCAGGCGCUGGGGGCGGUCGUGCUGGAGAUGGUGCAGGUGAAGUACGGCGUGGCCUUGGACCCCGCGGACUUCGCCCGCAAGCUGCGGGGCCACUGCAGGGACAACGGAGCCGUCAAGCACCACGCCGACGACGGCCUCCUGCUCUCGCCGGCAGACGUCGUGGCGCAGCUCAACGCGCGCCCCGACAUGCGCUUCCUGGCGCCUGCGCCCGGCGGCGAUCGGCUGUUGUCGUUGCGCGUGGGCGCUCGCAGCACCGACAGCUUCGAGGAGUUGCUGCGGGAGGUGCGCCACACGCCGGGCACCCCGCGCGCCGUGGCCGUCGUCGACCCCCCGUGCGCAGGCGGCCGCGCCCGCUCGCCGCGCGCGGUGGCCGCCUUCCGGGAGGACUACGCGCGGCCGCGAACGCUCAUCGGUCGCGACGCCGCGGCGACGAGGUCGCCGCUGGUCGCGUUCGGCGAGUCUGGCUUCAAGACCGCGCUGCUCCUUGACCCCGAGGUCGUUGCAGAGGGGCUGGGGCGCCCCGACAAUGCAGCUGACCUGGUCGAUGAGCUGAAGAGGCUGCUGGUCUUAGAGGCUGGCUGUCCUGUCGGCGUUGGCAGUGGCAGGAAGGGCCUCAAGUACAAGGGGCACGCUCCUGUGCACGCGCAGAAGAUUGUCUCGCCUGGGUGGCGUUCGGCAUGCCAUCUCCUGAAUGCAACCGUGAGCGUUACUGGGGAUCUAGGCGAGGCCACCACCGUAGAUUAUCGCACGGACAUUCGUGAUACGUUCGGGCAGCGGGUCGCUGCAGAAGACGGCGAUGGUGGCGGCGAGGGCGGCGAGGACGACGCCUUCGACUUCAACUUCGACGUCGACGGCGAGGGCCCGGCAGAAGAGUUCAACUUCGACGAGCACGCUGACAUUGCAGAUCACGGCUCAGGCGGACGAGAUGCAGGUGAUGACAACGAGGACCAGGGCCCACCUGACUACCCCUGUGAGGAUGCCUACGUCGUCGAUCUUUCGAAGUCGAUCUACACACCAGGUCCGCAUCAUGUCCUACACAACCUCGCGAAAGGGCUUCCAACUGUUCUGGCGUGGUGGGACGAUUUCGUAGAGUAUGCGAAAAACGUGUGUAAAUUGCUGAGCAUGAAGUUUUCGAAGGAACGUCUUUUGCGUACAUGUUUCGCCGGCGGCGCUGGGGCAUUGUUCUACGACGACAUUGCUGGUUUCACUGCUCGCAUCUACGAUGGACGAUGGGGCACUGUUCACAACGCUACCCACCUCCCGAUCGACCCGAACAUAUCUGAACCCCGUCGCUACAGCUGGGACAAGGCUCGAUACAAAUUGGAGGGUGGAGUGGCGGCCCCCCGUGAUGACAUCGACGACCCCGACCGCAAAGGAGCCAACGUGGACAGAGUCGACGAGUCUGGUGGUGGAGGCGGUGCCGCCCCGAGCGCCAGCGACGACGCUUCCUUGAAGAAGGCUGGCCGUGCUGACAUAUACCAGGUCAUCAUGUCACUCCUUGCUGUGCGCCAUCUCAGGGCCUGUGCUCAGUCUGGAGAUGAAGCUAUGGGACACAAGAUAUUCUCCUUGGCUUUGGACCGUCCGUUCGUUGAUGUAGACCUCCAGCGGCUUAUCGACAUCACUGACCCGACAUAUGACAUCAGAAAAGCCUAUGAUGAAUUUGAUUUCGAUGUCGAGAUGGCCAGUGACCCUCUGCCCGAUGAUGCACCUUCUGGCAAGAUCAAUGGAGGACGGCAUUUGUUUUUUACUUUCCACCAUACCAAGCCUUCAGAUCUCGUCGCGCCACCUGGGGCGCCAAGGGUUCGCGACUCCGACAGCAUUGCUAUCUCGCUGUGUGAAGUCACGGACCCGAGCUCGGAAACGCCAGUCCUGCUCAUGAAAGAUACUGAGACUGGACUUGAUGAAUCUUCUGUGAUUGCAGUGCCGUCGACCUUCACCAUGUCAGAGUGGAAGAGCCUAACUCGAUACAUUUGUCAACCCGCGCUGUGCCACAAAUUUGGUGGCGUCGAGGCGCCGGCAGGGAUUGCUGGCGCGAUGGGCCUUGUCAUCGAGCAGCUCUUGCCAUCUGCAGCUGCGAAUGGGCAGGGUGUCUUCUUCAAGGCGGAGGCGCUCACUGACAAUGCGGAGCGCGCCUUGAAGUUUUUAUCCGAGAAGGGCUUUGUGACUAGAUCACUGGGCAACAGCUGGAUGCUCAGCUCUCGUGGGAAGCUAUCUUUACAAACUUUGCAGCCCUUGGGAAAUCCAGAGAAUGUUAUGAUGCCGCCUGGGGUCUCGGAGAAGCCGCUCUGCGAUUUGUCAAGUUUGCAGUUGGCGCUUUUGUUUGAUAGGGCAGGCUGGAAACAUGAAGUUGUCAAAUCGAGAAGAGGACUGAAGCCUUGCACUCAGAUGGGCGCGAAAGUGCGGCAUCUCAGGGAGAGUGCGAAGACCUUUUCCCAGCACUACUUGUGGGCACUUCUUGAUUCACCAAGGCAUGGUUCGCAAGUGUUGCAUCUGAUGCCAGAGGGCUACUACAUGGCUCUCCUCAAGGGCCACGAGUGGACGCCUCCAGCCAAACGAACGAAGAAAGACGAGUUUGAGUUUGAUGCUUCGGACGCGGACUACGAAGUUGAAGAGGAGGCUAUUGACGAGAUCGGCCCAGCAGAAGGUGAAGAUGACCAAGACGAGGCAGACGAGGAGCUCGGACGCAUCCGGAAGGAUAACCAGAACUGGCGAGGGUCGAGGUUCACUUAUGUGUAUCACAAGACGACUGGAGAGGUGACUGGACUUGAGUGCACGUGCGUAUACAAAGAUGCACAUCCCAACAAGUGCAGGCGGCGGCGGCUCUUCUGGGCAAAUAAAGGCCCUGGCAACACAGAGAAGCUGUUGAAGCAUUGGGUGCUCAUGGGCGGACAGUGCGACGACCAGAUCACACAUCGUGACAUGCCGCACCCUGCAAAGCUCCCUACUUUCAAGGAGCUUGAUGAGAUGGAUUUUACUUGA